UAAAAAAUUCCUCUUUGUUUCUCCCAAUUAUAAAUCCGGCUCCCACAACUCACCGCUUCACACAAGAACACGCACUAACACACGCGAGAAAACACACACUUGGCCUCACAGAGAGAACCGAGAGAUGGGGGUGGUGAUAAUCGACGGCUCAACAGUCCGAGACUUCGUCACCAACGAAGCCGAGUUCAACAAGAGCGCCGACGAGAAAUUCGCGGCCUUAGACUUGAACAACGACGGCGUUUUAUCCCGCUCAGAGUUGCGGAAAGCCUUCGAGUCAUUUCGGCUCCUGGAAACCCACUUCGGAGUCGACGUGGCCACGCCGCCGGAGGAGCUGACUAAGCUGUACGAAUCGAUUUUUGAGAAGUUCGAUUGCGAUAACAGCGGGACGAUCGAUCGGGAAGAGUUUAGGAACGAAAUGAAGAAAAUUAUGUUGGCCAUAGCUGAUGGGCUCGGCACCUGCCCUAUUCAGAUGGCUCUUGAAGAUGACGAUGAUAGCUUCCUCAAACAAGCUGCUGAUCUCGAGGCGUCCAAGGUUAAUUCUGGUUGAUGUAAUACGGGUACUUCAUCGAACAGAAGAAAUAAGAAGGCGAGGCCCGUUGGGAUUUUCUUGGCCUUGCUGCUUGUAUAUUUUGUCUCAAAUUAAGUGUAAAUUCUGUACGAUGUAAUAAGGCAGCAAUACAACCUUGUAACAUGGAUUUAUGCGCUAUACUUUGAGCAUAAGAUUGAACAAUGUGUGGAGCAUUUGAGAACCCGAUAUAUGAUUUAUAAACAUUUUGAGAGUUCAUUGUUGAGUUCUUAA